AUGUCCUCCUGUUUGAGGAUCGCCUCUCCAGGGGCACAUCUCCACCUGACCCGACAACUCGCUUUCCGACACAGCAUCCGAAUCCAGCCCGCAUUCAUCCUUCGGCCCCAUGCCCUCGUCUCGCCCUCUAUCCCCACAAUCCGGACGACGGCCGCACCAGUGUUCUCACAGUUCUUCUCCACCUCUUCCUCAAACCCAUACGCGACCGAGACAUCAACAACCCCUGCAGAGGCAGUCCAGCCAUUGGAUUAUGCAGCCAUUGAAAAGAAGUGGUUGCAGCGGUGGAAGGAAACCCGGGCCGGCAAGGCAGUGUCGGACGGACGACGACCACUGCUGGAGCGGCUACGGCAUCAGCAAGGGCGAGCACUGCCGCUGCAGGGUUGA